AUGCCCACCGCCACCAUCGAUUGCUAUACCAUCUUGGGCGUUGCCCAAGAUGCCAGCGUAAAGGAUAUCAACGCUGCCUACAAGCGCCUGGCCUUGAAGCUGCACCCCGACAAGGCAGGAAACGACAGUACAGCCAUUGUACGUUUCCAAAAGGUUCAAGAUGCUGUCGAACUGCUUCGUGACCCCUCACGCCGCAGCCGACUUGACAAGUCUCUGGAUGCAAAGGCAAAGCGGCGUCAGUCUCGAUCUCAGUACCCUGACGAUGAUUGGUCUACUUGUGCAACCGACAACGAUUCGGAGCCAUCGAACACACGAGAACGUCAUGAGACCAAACGAGAACGCCGGGACUACUUCCACGACUAUGGCUUCGAUGGCAAGACUCACCAUGACACUCAAGGAUACCACGAUCGACAGCACAAACGACCAUUCAAUGACGCCUUCCUCGGAAGGUCCGACACUCAAAAAAAGCGGCAGCGCCAACAGCAGCCCAGUCCCUACGGAUAUGGAGGUCAAUAUAGCUACACUCGCUACAUGUACAGCUACUCAAACAGUGUGCACAUGGACACAAUCUCGGAUGAGUCAAAGGCCAGGAAAGCACAGUUCAAAGCAGACAAUGUCCAAUGGGCACAAGAAAGGGCCGGCAUUGAUCCUAAUGUGGAGAGAGCUCGAGGAAAAGCGCAACAGGAUUUACGCAUUACCCAAAUGCAAGCUCGACUUGCCCGUGACUCAAUGAAGCAGCAGCAGCAGCAGCAGCGCAUCUUUGAACAAGAACAGAUUCGCAGAUCCAUGGAGGAGCUCGAAAAAGUACGCGAAGCACGCCUCAAGUCGGAGAAAACAUUGCGCAACCUCCAACGCCAACUGGAUGAGAAGCUCUGCGCUGAUGCAGAAGCCAAACGCAAGACGAAACAAACAGAGAACAAGGCACCUCCCCUGCGCCCUCUCACCCCAUCGCUUCACAACCCCGAGCCCUUUGUUAGUAGCUUUGGUUACAAAAGCACCAGAGACCUUGAGAGGGUAGAAUCUACAAGCACAAAGUUCAACAAACUCAACUCUGACCCCAUUUACUUCGAGAGCAAUUCCAGCCCGAAAAAUAUUGUUGGCGAUACCUCCAACAUCAGCUCCCCAGCCAGCAGCUCCCCAGCCAGCAGCCGCGCGAGUAGCAACUGUUCCACUGGCUGUUCUGAUGCCGACCAACUCUCAGCAAAAUUUGCCUCGGACCGCCCCACUCUCAGCGAGAGAUUGGAAUCUACCGCCGACAAAAUGAUUGGCAUCCAUAUGGUCAGCCAUGAGGCGAGCCUAAAGCCUCUCGUUCCAUUUUUCAAGCAAAAGCUUGCCGACCCUUUGGGGCGAUACAAACUCGAAGACCUAGCGUCUGAGCUUAACGGUUUUGUGUCCGAGAUUUACAACGACUGGAUAGAAAAUAUUCGAUCUUCAAUCCCCGAUGCAACUCCUAUUGGGGUUCGCAACAAUCCUGAGCUUUGUGCUCAUCUCGGCGCCUGGCACAAGGACCACUGCCUCCCCAAGUGUGAUACCUGCAACUUCUGGAUGCCUCUUUUUGUCCUGAACUGCCCUGGUUGUGGUCUCAAGGCUUGCGUCAGUUGCAAAUUCACCGGUGAUGCAUUUAUUAUUAAUCGGCAUUGA